AUGCUUUCCCGGGCCUUUGUGAAGCCAAACAGAAGAGUCCCGGAUCAGAGCAAAGAAUGGAGCCUUCGGUCCUCGUCCAUAUUCGAGCACGAAGACUUCCUCUUCGGGUUCACGGACGACAUCCCAUUGACCUCGUGCAGCAGUGAUGGCUCAGACAUGACCCUGAGGCAGGUUUUGAGGGCUUCUGUAGGGGUGAUGGGAGAGAGCCCUUUGGGGAUGACUGAGAAGGUGGUGCUUUUGGGGGGCAAGAUUAGGGCAGUGAAGAGGUUUAGGAGAGUUGGGAUUAGGAGAAAUGAGUUUGGGAGGAGAGUUGAGAGGUUGGCAUUGGUUGGGAAUCAGUGUGAGUAUUUGGUGCCUGUGAUUGCUUAUCUCUAUGCCAAGAGGAUUAAGUUUGUUGUUUGUGAUUAUUAUCCUAUGGGCUCUCUUGCUGACUUGCUUUCUGCUGCAAAGGAAGAAGGGCACACCGGGUUAGAGUGGAAGCACAGGUACAGGAUUGGCCAAUGCAUAGCCAAAGCAAUAGCCUUCAUCCACUCACAAACCCCUCCAACGGAUAGGCACUUGAAACUCAACGUCCACGGCAACGUCAAGACCUCCAACGUCAUGGUCAACGUUGACUUCUCCGCCCGCCUCUCCGACUACGGCUUCCUCCAGCUGGCCGACCACGUGGACACGGGGCCAUACCAGCCCGGGCUGUCCCAGGAGAGCGAUGUGUACAGCUUUGGGGUCGUGUUGAUGGAGAUCUUGGGGUGGCCGGACCCGGACGCCGCGGCGUUGGGUGCCACGUCAGGUCAUGUGUUUGAAUUUUGUGUGGGGAGAGGAGAGGAAGAGAGGCAAGUGUGGAAUGUUUUGGAGAUUGCUUUGCUUUGUAGGAAUAGUUUGGGUCAUGAAAGGCCUACUAUUAGUGAUGUUGUGGCUUGCCUAGCUUGA